AUUGCGUUGUUUCGAGCACAUACUGUCUACAUAGAGCAGGAUCAGCGAAUUGCCUCGGCUGGUCGCUGCGCGCGCGCACCCGCCUCACUCUCUCGGCGCGGCGCGGCGCGGCUGGCAAUACGCGGAUUGUGAACAAAGAGUGAACAAGUUAAUGUGAACAGUGUCGGACAUUUCAGUGCUUGAUUUUUAUCAAUUUUCAGAUGUGAGCAGUACUUGACGGACACACAAAAUGACUCGGGACAGUUACGAGAUGGACUCCAAUCGAAUAUCGCGUGGCGGCUCCCUCUUCGGCACUGAUCCUCAAUUACAGAUGAGAAAGGCCCUCAGAAAUAACGAGUACGCAACGUUCAAGAAGCUCGUCAGUUAUGGUGCCGUGGAUCUCGAAUAUACGUAUCCAUAUCCAGAUUACAAGACAUGUCUCGAACUGGCCGUCUCGGAGCCAGAUAGACAAGAAUUUAUCAAGCUCUUGCUACAACACGAGGUGCAAGUAAACAAAGUAAACGAUAAAGACGGUAAAGCUCCUAUUCAUCUAGCCGUCGAAAAUGGAAACCUCGAUGCCCUUGGGCUUUUACUAGAGGAUGACAGAAUCGAUGUUAACAUAAAAUGUAAGGGCAAUACAGCAUUACUUAUGGCUGUGAAAGGAAUUCAAGACCUGGAUGACAAUAGGGAAGAAAGCAUGUCCAAAUAUGAAGAUAUGAUAGAAUUGCUAUUAAAAGCUGGAUGUAACGUGAACUCGCCAGAUAAUAAAGGAAUAACACCUAUAUAUUCCGCUGCAAAACAAGGCCUCGAAAGAGUGAUCAAUUUGAUCCUAGAUUAUGCUAAGGAUCCUAUUGAUUUAGAUACAUAUAAGGACAUAAGAGGUCGAACUGCGCGUUUUUAUUUGAACGAUGCUUUUCCUCAUCUUUUGGCGAAGUUUGAAACAAUAUCUAAGCAAGAAGAAAUAAUAGAUCCGGACAAACUAUUCUCUUAUUUAAAUAGACAUGAAGAAGACAACUUUAUUCGUGACUAUACAAAACUGGUUAAGAAAAAUGAACAUCGUCCAGCUUUGGCUGCCAAUAACGGUAUGAAUACAAUGCUGCAAUUAAGUACAGAGAAAGGAUUCGAAAAAGUUGUUGGAGUCCUGUUAAAUUCCGGGGCUGACCCUAAUGCAACAUGUGCUUCUAAUACAGUUAAGCCGAUUGCUAUCGCUUGUCAAAAUGGGUACUACAAAAUUUUAAAAAUGUUUAUUGACAAUGAAUCAACACUUUUUGAUCCAGUCAACAAUGAGUCACUCUUGCAAAUAACAAUAAGAGGAAUGAAAACAAGUCCGUUAGAUUCAAAAGUAGAUUUCAAAAGUUGUAUUGAUCUGUUAUUGAAAAAUCCUAAAAUCAAUACAAAUAUUAAUUAUCCCGAUAUUAAAAAUAACACAGCUUUACAUUACGCGGCAAGAAACGGCGACAGUGACACGGUAUUAGAAUUACUCAGAAGUGGAGCUUGUAUAGGGCUUCGCAACAAAUUUGACGAGCCACCCUUGGCAGAUAUACAUGCGAAAACACUCGAAACGUACUUGGAUGAAUGUAUAUCAAGUAAUAGUGAACGACCCAGCGAUGACGAUUAUGAAAUUCAUAUAAAAUAUAGUUUCCUAGUGUAUCCAAAUAACUCUUUGGAAAAUGAAAUGUGCAGGGUACCUCUGAUGGAUAAUACAAAUAACAAUAUUAAGGAAUAUGAUGCUAUUCUAGCACCUGAAACAGAAGCACUUUUAUAUAUGACCAAAAGUGAAGAAUUGCGGCCAUUAUUAAAACAUCCAGUUAUAACGAGUUUUUUAUAUUUAAAAUGGCAACGAAUUAGCUGUUUAUUUUAUGCUAACAUAACAUUCUAUUCUUUGCUAUGGUUAUCUUUAAUUUUAUAUAUUAUAUUGGGCUAUGGUUUGGAAGAGGAACAAUCGAAAUCCUUUGAAGCAUUAAAUAUUGUAACUCAUAUUGGCGCUGUAAUCGGGUUAAUACUCUUAAUAUUUCGAGAAAUAUUUCAGUUACUGGUAUCACCGACAAGAUACUUGCAAAGUAUAGAAAACUGGAUGGAAAUUGCUUUAAUAUUUGUAACUGCUUGGAUCGUCGGGUACGAUUCCGCUUCAGAAUCCACUAAACAACAGCUAUCAGCGGUAGCUAUUCUCUUGUCUUCUGCUGAGUUGGUUUUAUUAAUUGGCCAAUUUCCUACUUUAUCAACGAAUAUUGUUAUGCUGAAGACUGUUUCUUGGAACUUUUUUAAAUUCUUACUUUGGUAUUGUAUUUUAAUUAUUGCUUUUGCGUUAAGUUUUUAUACUUUGUUUCGUAAUGUUGCGGAAAGCGAUGACCAGACACCACCGAAUCCUAAUAACACCGGAAAAGAAGGUGAAGAUGAUGAAGAAGAUUUCUUUGAGGACCCGGGGAGAUCGCUUUUUAAAACAAUUGUUAUGUUAACAGGAGAGUUCGACGCUGGGUCGAUAAAAUUUAGUACAUUCCCAGUGACAAGUCAUAUAAUAUUUAUUGUUUUCGUUUUUAUGAUUCCUAUUGUCUUGUUUAACUUGCUUAAUGGUUUAGCCGUCAGUGACACACAAGAGAUCAGAGCCGACGCUGAACUUGUCGGACAUAUUUCACGCGUUAAAUUAAUUUCAUAUUUUGAAAGUGUUCUAAUUGGCAAGGCAUACUCGAAACCGUCAAAAUUCUGGUCAUUUCUGCCACCGUAUCUACAGGAGUUGCAAGUGAUAACGCCAAAAAUAUUGUGUAUGAAACCAUUUGCAAAACGCAUUAGCCUAUUUCCAUUCUUUUUGCCUAAAUACCGUAUUAUUGUUAAGCCCAAUCAAGAUUAUACUAUUAUUAUCCCACAUGCAGAACCACUGGGAAAAUAUGGCGAUGAUUAUGAAGACGUUGAAGGAGGUAAAUGUUGCUUCGAGCGUUGUCAGAACUAUAGAUUAGAUCGGAAGAUUGUUAAGAACGCUAAGUUAGUUAUAGCCAAAAAGACAUAUGUAUCAGAAUUUGAUGAAAUUAAAAACAAGUUAUCGUUAUAUGAUACAAAAAUAGAAAACAUUGAAAAUAUUCUGAAAAAGGUUCUGCAGGCUGUUGAUAUUCAACGUAAUUAUUAAGUUUAGGUUAUAAUA